AUGAAAUCGGUUUUAAUUUUUCUUGUUUUCGCCUUUGCAGUUAAAGGGGAGAUGACCCUUCAAGAAUAUGUUGCUGAUUUACAAACUAAAAUGACUGAUGUAGGAUUAUCUUGUGCUGAAAAAUUGGAUAUAAGUGAUGCGGCAAUGGAAGAAUUAACUCAAAAAAAAAUUCCAACGGAGCACGAUGGAAAAUGUGUAAUUCAUUGUAUCAACACUCAUUUUGGAUUUAUGAAUGAUAAAGGCUCCUUUGAUAAAGAUAAAAUUCUGGAAUUCUUCUCAAGUUUAAAAGCAAUUGAUGCCGGAAUAUACAAUAACAUAGUAGAAGUAGGAGAUAUUUGCGGCGUGAUUAAACAUGAUGACCCAUGUGAAACUUCAGCUGAAGGCGUAAAAUGCACCAUGGUUGAAAUGAAAAAACGUGGUGUUACUGAAGCAAUUUUUGAAAUUUAA